AUGUCUGAAACCACCCCUCAAACUGGUCGUACUACAUCAGCCUCUUGGGCUGACGACCCGAUUGCCAUAGUCGGCGUCGGGCUGCGUCUGCCAGGCUCUAUUAGAACGCCCCAGCAGUUCUGGCAGUUUCUGGUCAACAAAAGGAGCGGUCGUUGUCGAGUGCCUGCGGACCGUUACAAUGUGGACGCUUUCCAUGGUCCGAAGGGAAAGCUUGGUCAUGUCUGUACAGAGUACGGGCACUUCCUUGACGUCGACCUGGCGGCUGUUGACAGCUCUUUCUGGUCAAUCCCGCCAAAGGAGCUGCUCCUUCUUGACCCUCAGCAGCGGUUGCUGAUGGAGGUAGUUUAUGAGUGCCUAGAAAGUAGCGGCACUGCUGCUUACAGAGGCAGAGACAUUGGUCUAUAUAUAGGUGCACUUGGCGAGGACUGGAUGGACAUUCAAACCAGAGAUCCACAAGGGCUAGGAAUGCACUGUGUCGCGGGCUAUAGCGACUUUGCGCUCUCGAACCGACUAUCAAAGGAGCUUGGUCUCACUGGCCCAAGCAUGACUAUCCGGACUGCUUGCUCUUCUUCAAUGAUGGCUUUACAUGCGGCCUGUCAGGCGCUCUAUACAGGGGAGUGCUCAUCCGCCGUCGUUGGCGGCUGUAAUCUCAUCCUCUCACCGCGCAUGACAACAACUAUGUCCGAACUCGGUGUGAUGUCGCCAACUGGAGACUGUCGGUCUUUUGAUGCACGAGCUGAUGGCUACGCGCGUGGUGAAGCAGUUAACGCCAUCCACAUCAAGCGUCUCUCCCACGCGCUCCGGGACGGCGAUCCGAUCCGAUCUGUCAUUCGCUCUGUCUGCAUUAACUCGGAUGGACCGAGAUCUCCUGUGUUUAUACCCAGCCCGGAGAGCCAUGAGCUUCUCAUCCGUCGUUGUCACCAGCUGGCUGGUAUUUCAGACCUCUCGCAAACGGCCAUGAUCGAGUGUCACGGGACUGGGACGAAGGUGGGUGACGUCCAGGAAGGAAGGGCCGUCGCGAACGUGUUCGGUGAUAUUGGGGGAGUUCUAAUAGGAUCAGUAAAACCUAACCUUGGGCAUAGCGAGGGAGCAUCAGCCCUAACCAGCAUCAUCAAAAUGACGUUGGCCUUGGAGAACCAAACGAUCCCCCCGAACAUCAAUUUUUCAACACCAAAUCCGAAGAUUCCAUUUGGACCUGCUUGCCUUCGUGUUCCCGUGGAAUGUGAGCCGUGGCCGAAAGACAAAGCGGAGCGUGUUGGACUCAACGGAUUCGGAAUCGGGGGAGCUAAUGGACAUGUUCUCCUAGAGUCCGCUAGGUCUUUUCUGGGAACAUUUGUGAAUGAAGCCCCCAGUGGCUGCACUCCCCAGCUGCUAGUCUUUUCAGGAACCCACCCAGAAACAGUGAAGCGCAACAUCUCACUCAGUUUGGAUUUUCUAGCCAAAAACCCUGCUAAGGUUGCGGAUGCUAGCUACACUCUAGCAUGCCGCCGCCGUAUACUCCCCAAUCGGGCAUUUGCUGUGGGCUGCCUGGACUCCUGGGACGUUUCACCCGUGCGAAAGGCAGGUCCCGCAGACCUUGUCUGGGUCUUCCCGGGCCAGGGAGCGCAGUAUCCUGAAAUGGGUUUGAAACUAGUUACCGGUAAUGCCAUUGCCAGAGAUACAAUACGGAGUUUGGACGAAGUGUUGGAUCUCAUUGAUGCCGGUAGAUCCUGGACUCUUCAUGACGAGCUGCUUCGACCGGAACCCUCUUCAAGGCUAUCGCAAGCCAAGUUUUCUCAGCCUUGCUGCACGGCUAUUCAAAUUGCUCUUAUCAAUGUGCUCAAAUCUAUGAACGUCAAGCCCUCUGCCGUGGUUGGCCACUCAGCUGGCGAGAUUGCCGCCGCGUAUGCUGCGGGUGCACUGACUGCUGCCGAAGCGAUGGCUAUAGCAUAUCAAAGGGGCAAUAUAGCAGAGAGAGUGGAAGGUUCUGGAGGCAUGAUUGCUGUUAGCUUGAGCCGAGAGCAGGUCUCCCCGUUCUUGACUGAUCAAGUUACAGUCGCAUGUGAGAAUAGUUCAAGGAACAUUACCCUAAGUGGAGACUCAGCCGCCUUGGAUGAUGUAGUUGAAAAACUACAGUGCACCUAUCCUGAGGUCACGACUAAGCGAUUGGGAGUGAAUUGCGCGUACCAUUCUGAGCACAUGAACAUAGUGAAAGACGAGUACCUAGACCGACUUGUAGCGUUGAAGGUGAAACAACAGCCUCUAUCCACAACAUUUGUUUCCUCUGUGACAGGAAAAAGCGUCGAAAAUGCGGGCGACCUUGACACUGAGUACUGGUGUCGCAACCUCGUCUCUCCCGUGCUGUUCUACUCAGCCGUUAAGGACACCAUUGCGGCCCUGCCUAACCCAGUCUUUCUCGAGAUUGGACCACAUUCAGCUCUAUCUGGCCCUUUGCGCGAUAUUUCGCCGUCGACUCCCUAUAUUCCGACCUUGGUACGGGGAAUCAGUGCAAAUACCUCUAUCCUCCGCACCGUAGGACGGCUGUUUCAGUUUACAGAAAUUGACCUGUCCGGCCUGGUCACUGGCAGCGUCUUAACAGAUCUGCCGCCGUACCAGUGGCAAUACGAUAGACGCUUCUGGUCUGAAUCACGAGUCUCACGAAAUUGGCGAUUCCGUCAACAUCCUCAUCACGAUAUACUUGGGUCUCAGAUUCCAGACGGCAAUGAGAUGGAGCCUCUCUGGCGGUCUCUAAUUCAUCUUGACAGUGUUCCAUGGCUUCGAGACCAUGUCAUUGACGGGAAGACGGUCUUCCCGAGGUCGUCUUAUAUCUCAAUGGCAGGCGAAGCGAUUCGUCAGCUGACAGGGAGCUCCGAUGUUUCGCUACGGCGCGUAUCUUUUCUUGAAGACAUUACAUUCGAUGGAAAGCACCCCACUGAAGUCUUGACACAGUUUCGACCCAUACAAGGUACCGAAUGGUAUGACUUCACACUCACGAGCCAGUUUGAAGGCAAGUGGACAAAGCUCUGUAUGGGACAAGCUCGACGAGGCUAUGAUCUCCCUUCCGAUAUCAAACAGCUGUGCCCAGGACACAGAAAAGUAAAACCAGAGACCUUCAACCGUGCAAUGGAAAGGCUAAGGAUUAUCUAUGGGCCCCGAUUCCGCGCUUUGGAUCGAAUUGCAGUUAAUGCCACAGCUCCAGAAGCAACGGCUGAGAUCACCGAGAGGCACGAGAGACAGGAAAGUCACUACAUUGUUCAUCCAUGCACGACUAGCUCUAUCUUCCAACUGCUCACGAUUGCCAAGGCCAAGGGCCGGAAUUUUGAUCAUUCAUUUGUACCCACAUAUAUCGAAGAGGUCUAUGUUACAGCAUCGACUGGUUCUAUUAGUGCCCAGUCCAUUAUCACAGCCACCCAGAACCGAACCUUCUCCGGUGACGCUGCAGGAUUUUGCGGUGGUAGCCUUGUUUUUUUCAUGCGUAAUAUCCGACUCAUGCCAACGGAAAAUCGCUAUGACCGAGGCCUUGAUCCCCAUGCUGGGGCGCGACUGGUUUGGCAGCCAGACAUUGACAAGGCACACUUGGCUCGUCUUAUACGGCCGCAUUGCGAUAAGUCAAUACUGGAGAAUCUAUUUCUGGUUGAGGAGCUUGCCUUGGCUUGCAUCAUUGAAAGUGAACAGCAAACGCGCAGCAGCAAAGCGCUAGCGCAUUUUGCAAGAUAUAGCGAAUGGCUGAGUCUGCAACGGCAGCGUGCCGAACAAGGCAACUAUGACCAUGUCAAGUCAUGCCAGGCUAUCGCAUCAAUGCCCUCUAAAGACCGGGGGAACCAUAUUAAGGAGCUUUAUCAGAAAGCGCUCAUGACCCCGGUGCAACAUGUGGCCACCGCCGUUAUGCGCAUAUACCAUGAAACUACCACCCUCUUUGCCGGUCAGGUUGAUCCCUUGAGUAUUUUGAUGAAAGAUGACUUGCUAUCAGCAAUCUAUGGGUUCAACCUCUGCGACUUUGCUGAUUUCUUCCGGGUGAUCGCGCACAACCGACCCUGUAUGCGGGUAUUGGAGAUUGGAGCAGGGACCGGUGGGAUAACUGCUACGAUCUUGCCAGCGAUGCAUACUCCUCACGGAGAACGACUCUAUCACAGCUAUACAUAUACUGAUAUCUCAUCUGGAUUCUUCGAGCGCGCCCAAGAGCGCUUCCGUGCAUACAAAGGUGUCGACUACCGGGUACUGGACAUCUCAGUCGACAUAGCUGCGCAGGGGUUCGAUGCGCCUUAUGAUUUGAUUAUCGCGUCUAAUGUGCUUCACGCCACUCCAAACCUUCAGCAAACACUUGCUAAUGUGAAAGCCUUGCUAAAACCCGGCGGGAAACUCUUCCUACAGGAACUUGCACCCACCACCAAAUGGGUAAACUAUAUCAUGGGCACGCUCCCUGGCUGGUGGCUCAGCAAUGAUGACCGUCCAUGGGAACCAUACGUGUCGCCGAAACGAUGGGAUGCAGAGCUUCGCGCUGCCGGGCUGUCUGGGGCCGAUACCGUUGUUCAUGAUGGCCAUAUGAAUGCUCAUAUUGUUUCAUCCUUGCCAGAACUUCGGAGUGAGAGGAACCGACAAGUUACUGUCCUUUGUAAACCUGGUUCUGAGCACUUGAACUCUGUCAUCGCCUACCUCCAUACUCGGGAUUUCGUAACUGAUACCCGUCAUCUUGGGGAGGAACUGCCCAACAAUCAAAUGGUUAUAUCAUUACUGGAACUGGACGGACCACAACUACACGCAAUGAAUGAGACAGAAUACCUGAAUUUGCGGGAUCUGAUCACAUCUCUUGACCAAAAGACAAUGCUGUGGGUAACUAGAACAUCCCAGGUGGCAUGUUCAGACCCACGGUACGCGGCGACACUUGGGCUCUUGAGGACUGCUCGCAGGGAGCUUGGACUUACAGUGGCUACGCUGGAGGUGGAUACCUUGGAUGUAAAGGCAAUUGACGCCAUUGCUGAGGUGACCGAACGUGUCCUACGUCUUGAGACCACCUCCUCGCUUGAUCCCGUCUUGGAAUACACUCACGCGUACGGCACCCUGAUGGUUGGUAAAUAUUAUCCGGCAAUUGUGAGUGAGGAGCUUUUGGAUAGGGCGGCCUCUGACCAAACGGCAGCGGUGCUUCGAACCAGUCCCCGAAAUAUUGAAACUCUCACCUGGGAACGCAUGUCACUGGAGAUAUCCGCACCUGUUGAGGACUGGGUCCUGGUGGAGACGCGGGCUGUUGGCAUGAAUUUGAAGGAUCUCCUGGUAGUCAAUGGCACCCUUGAUGCUGCUCUGGGCAGUGAAUGUGCUGGGACGGUUCAGCGCGUUGGUCCUGGAGUCAAGAACCUGCGCGCCGGUGAUCGAGUAAUGGUGCUAUCACCUAACUCUGGAGUCAUGGCGACGAAGUUUGUCACGAGUGAGAGGCUCUGUGCGCGCAUGGCCCGUAAUUUGAGCUGGACUGAGGCAGCUACGAUACCCUUCGCCUUCGCAACGGCAUUUUACGCGCUGAUCGAUGUAGCCCGCUUGAAGUAUGGCGAUUCUGUCCUCAUUCAUCAUGCCUGCAGUGAGAUCGGAACGGCUGCUAUUCAAAUUUGUCGCAUGAUUGGAGCCAAGUUCUAUUGCACUGUCGCGAAAAGGGCAGAUGAAGAUUAUCUGCUACAGCUGGGGAUACCCAAAGAGCGUAUCUUUUCCUCCAGGAAUAGCACCUUUGUUCGUGAUCUCAUGGUUCCGACCGCGGGCCUUGGAGUUGAUGUCGUACUAAAUACUCUUUCUGACAAUCUAUUCCACGCCUCGUGGCAGUGCGUCGCCGAAUUUGGCGUCCUGGUAGACUUGCCACAAGGCGAGUUCAACAAGCAGCUACCAAUGGAAGCCUUUGAGGGAAACCGUUCUUUCUGUGCGGUCAAUCUGUCCCAGGUUGCUGCAAAACGACCGGAGACAAUUCAAGGAUUGCUUCGUCGGUGCAUGCACCAUUACGCUUUGGGCGAACUGACUCCGUUGCAGCUACAGGAGUUCCCAGCUGAAAAGGCACAAGAUGCAUUCAAGUCUAUGAAAGAGGGUAAGACUGGAAAAGCCGCUAUUAUCAUGCCUGAAGAGUCGUCUUCGCUGCCUGCUUGCUUUAGCCGCAGAGAACCGUCCUUCCGUAACGACGCCAUACACUUGAUUGUUGGCGGACUCGGUGGGCUUGGUCGCUCGGUCAGCUCAUGGAUGGCUUCUCAUGGUGCACGUCAUUUUGUUUUCUUUUCACCCUCUGCAGCCAGUAAAGAAAAUGAUGACUUCGUCUUGGAGCUUCGCGCUCAAGGCUGCCGCCUCGACCUUGUCUCAGGUGAUAUCAGUAACCCUGAAGAUGUCGACAUGCUCAUCAAAGGCCUCGAUGAGAAUAUUCCCAUCGCCGGUGUAAUGCAAGCUUCUAUGGCGCUCGAAGUGACCUCUUUCGCCACUAUGUCCUUCGCUCAAUGGCAAGCAGCAUUUGCACCAAAGUGUCAAGGAACCUGGAACCUGCACAACACCCUGCUCAAAUACAGCCGCAAGACAGACUAUUUCCUUCUCUUCAGCUCAUUGUCUGGCCUCAUUGGGCAAACUGGGUAUGCCAACUACGCAGCUGGAAACGCUUUCCUCGAUGCGUUUGUGCAGUACCGGCACUCACUUGGCUUGCCUUGCUCUGCAAUCAAUAUUGGUGUUAUGGAAGAUGUGGGAUAUGUUAGCGAGCAGACACAUGCCAUCGACCACUUCGUCGCUACGUCGACGUAUACUCUUCAAGAACGCGAUCUCCAUGAUGCGGUUCAAUUAGCGAUUGACAAAUCCUCACCGGUUGGAACGACAACCAGGAACGGACCUGCCCAGCCCACAUAUGUCAAUGAAAGUCAGUUGCUCAUCGGUUUGCGUAGUACAGCGCCGCUGGAUUCUCCCAACAAUCGAACGUCCUGGAGGCGGGAUCCGCGCAUGGCCCUCUAUCACAACCUGAACCAGUCGGCUGCCAAAAGCGCAUCUGAAAAGACCACUGAUACUGCCGAUGAUCAGAUUCUCGUAUGCUUUCUUGAGCAACUCAAGGGGGAACCUGAUAUCCUUGACAAACCCGAGUCGAUUGACCUCCUGAGUACAGAGAUUGGUAAGACUCUCUUCAGCUAUAUGCAGCGUGAUCGGUCCAACUUGGAUCUGGAUGUUCCACUGCCAUCCCUAGGAGUGGACUCCCUGCUCGCAAUCAAGAUGCGCAACUGGUUCCAACGGAAAAUCGGGGUUGAUAUUGGCGUAGUGCAGAUACUGAAUAGUGGAAGCUUGCGGGAUCUAGGAAGAAUUACUGCAAAGGCUAUAGCAGGACUGCGGAUUGCAGAGUCGACAGUGUCAGUUGCAGAUUUGACACCAAUGUCUUGA